GAUUUGCACAGACAACCAGCACUCACAUUUUCUAAAGUAGCCUAAAUGUGAGGCGAUGUACCAAUCGAGUCAAUAUUAUUAUUAUUAUUAUUAUUAUUAUUACUGUAUUAUAAAAGGAGGUGAAAUUUGGCACACUGAUUGUAUUUCUUUAAAGUGCAUUUUUAUAUUGGUCUAAUUGAAAAUCAUGGUUUCCAGUUAAAACCUUAAACAAAUAAGAAAAAAAUAAAAGAAACAAUUUUUAAAAGAGUAGUUUCGCUUCACAUCACUGUUAAUAUGCAGAAUACAUACUGGCUAGGUUUACUGACUGCAGAAUUUAUUGUGGGAUUUAUUUAUUUUUCUGGUGUUUUUUUUUUUUUUGUCCAUAACAGAAAAUAUAUUUAAAAAAUCCAUCACAGUAAACAAUUAAGGUCUUUUUAAAGAGAAUAUUGAUUUAGUAACAUAUACUGAAAAAAAAUGGAAAACACAGAAUGCGAUUUUGUCAUUAUACUUUAUUUGAUGUGUUUUGAUUUUAUUUUCAGGACUUUUAGAAUGCUUAUCGUUGUUUCCUUUGUUUCAUUUUCCCACUCCUUGUUUGUUACUAUGGUUAUUGAUUGAGUACUCCCACCUGUUCAUGUUUAGUUUGUUAUCCUUGUGUAUUUAAAGGUGCGUUCACGCCAUAUCGUAAUUACUGUACAGUGUGUAAGCUAGGAGUUUUCUGAAAGUUCCCUUGUUUACCACGUGGCCGCAGUACUACCUGACCACUGUACAUUCAUUAAGGCGUUGAUAGUGGUGCCAUAGAAACACUUAAUUCCCAGUCCGAGGACGUGAACAGCUCUGAAUAUAACGUCACGUGUAACAUCACAUUAUGGCAAUUACGCGGUAGCGUGAAUGCAGCAUAGGUCCCUCCAUUUGUCCCGUUUCUUGUCCAGUAUUGUUUGUGCCUUGCAUGCUGUUUUGUUGAGUUUGCCAGUAUUGGAUUACCUGAGUUUACUUUAAUAAAUACACUGCACUUUGAUCGAGACUUUGCAUCUUAUCUUCUUCACUGGACUGAAAAUUAUUUGUGUUCUAUACAACAAUAUUGUUUUUUUGUUUUUUUGUUUUUUUUUUUUGCUUUCAAUUUAUGUAAUUCUCUAUGUGCAAUCUAUUAUACAUAUAAAAUCACUUUGAGAGUACUUAAUUUGGUUACUUUAAAAUAACUUAAUUCAGUGGGUCAAUAACUUAAUUGCUGGUGAAGUAUCUGUUUGCUUUUGUCAGGUAUUGGCUAUGCAGGACAGCUGAUAGUGCUGUACAGCUGCAUGUAUUACAUCAUCAUUCCGGCCUGGGCAUUUUUCUACCUAAUCUCUUCUUUCAGCUCCCAACUGCCAUGGGACAGCUGUGACAACACCUGGAACACAGAUGAUUGUGUAAAUCUCGCUGCAAAGAAUCUGACCCUAAACUGGACAACGCUGAUUAAUUCAACCUCUGCAGUUACUGAGUUCUGGAAACACAGAGUGCUGGCUCUAUCUGGAGGUAUUGAGGAGGUUGGUAAAAUCAACUGGGAGAUUCUUCUGUGUCUCAUUGCAAUGUGGAUCAUAUGUUAUUUCUGUGUCUGGAAAGGAGUCAAAUCUACAGGCAAGGUAGUGUAUUUCACAGCCACAUUUCCUUAUGUGAUGCUACUGGUGUUGCUGAUUCGUGGGUUGACUCUUCCUGGAGCUCUGCAGGGUGUUGUGUUUUACCUGUACCCUGAACCGGCUCGUCUCGCUGACCCACAGGUUUGGAUGGAAGCAGGAGCUCAGAUCUUUUUCUCCUAUGCUUUAGGAACAGCCUCUCUUACUGUAUUAGGCAGCUACAAUAAAUAUAACAACAACUGCUACAGGGACAGCUUAUGGCUUUGCCUUCUGAACAGUGGCACCAGUGUUGUAGCUGGCUUUGCUGUCUUCUCAGUCCUGGGCUUCAUGGCUCAAAAGCAGGGUGUCCCCAUUGAGGAGGUGGCAGAAUCAGGUCCAGGACUAGCAUUCAUAGCUUAUCCACAGGCAGUAGCUAUGAUGCCUUUCCCUCAGUUGUGGGCUGUUUGUUUCUUUAUCAUGAUUAUUUUGCUGGGACUAGAUACACAGUUUGUUGCGAUGGAAGUUUUCAUGACAUCAGUGAUGGACCUGUACCCUAUGGUACUGCGCAAAGCUGGACGUCGAGAAAUAUUGCUUCUACUUUUCUGUCUUGUUUGCUUCUUCAGCCAACUUGUCAUGGUUACAGAGUUGUUUGACUACUAUGCUUGCAGUGGAGCCUGUCUACUUUUCCUCUGUGUGUUUGAGUCUUUGGCCAUGGGUUGGGUUUUUGGGGCUGAGAGAAUGUUUGACGUCAUUGAAGACAUGACAGACUCACGACCCAAUUACAUGUUCAUGCUGUGCUGGAAAUACCUGACUCCUCUCGUGUCCCUGGUGUCAUUUGUCUGUUCAAUGGUGAAGUACAAGCCUCUCACUUUUAACCGCUGGUAUGUGUACCCGGACUGGGCGUACGCACUAGGCUGGUUACUGGCCCUGUCUUCCAUUCUGCUGGUGCCUGGAUGGGCACUGAUUCGAAUGUUUACUGAGAAAGGAAGCCUAAAACAGCGUUGGCAUCACCUGUGCAGUCCUGACACAAACCUCCCUUUUAUCUGUAAGCAAGCUGACACACAAGAAAAGACCUUCAUCACAGAGAUGGAAGACUUAGUCAGGAGCAACACAAACUAAAAGAUGCUCAGCCUUGCUAUUUAUUUCAGUUUGUUUUUAGUAAUCUUUGUAUUUUAAUCAAAUAUUCAUGUCUUUGACGAAAGCACACAAGGGUGCCUGAAUUUCAAAAUGUAUGUCACUGAAACGUUCUUGUGCUUUCACAUGCCUGAUACAUGCCAGACUUAUGUGUUCCUGCAAUAGGUUGUUUGCACAUGAUGUCACGGGGUGGAAAUGCAGAUGGAGGGCAGGAAGUGAUUUUCUACAUAGGGAAGCAUGAAAUGCCUAUGUUACUGAAUUUCAUGCUUAACCAGAAUCACGUCAUUGCAAGCAAGCUAUUGAGUGUAAAAUUGGUGUGCUGACCUUUGUAUUGCAGUUAGUUUGCACACGUUGUGGUUUGUGUGUGCUCUGGUGUCAAAACAGUGUUGUAGUUCUUUUGCUAUCAGGUAGUGAUUUUUCUUUUCUUUCUUACAUUGAUUCGGUAUUAAAAGGUAUCGUAUCUAUCUUAUAUUAACUAUUUUUAUGUUAUAGGAAGCUGUAGGGAGAGGUUGCUACUUUUUCUUUUCUAAUACGUUCAUCCAAUGUGUUUGGUUAUUCAGGGAGUGGAGGGAAGCUUAUGCUGUUUUUCUUUCUUUUACCUGUAUAGGUCAUUUAGUAAAUUAAUCAGCUAUUCAUGUCCUUGAUUGAAGAUUAACCGCUUCCAUUUUCUUUGUUUAACUAAAAUAAAUAACUUUAACUUGCAUCAUCAAGUGGUUGACUCACAUUUCUGGGGCAGAGGACUGAAGGGAAUCCUCCACAUUUAUGUUUCUCCUUUUUAAUUUAAUUUAAUCCUGUCACCUUCUCUCAACCCUAGACUGGAAAAGCUUGUAUCAAUGAA